AUGAUAGUAAUCAAAAGAUCAUUUUCUCAUCCUAUAAGAAGAAUUACUACUUUUUAUAGGUCAACAAGAUUAAGAUCAGAAUCCUGGAUUCCAUCGCCCGUCAGAGUUUCUAUAACUUAGUUUCCUAUCUAAAGAAGAAGCCUUCAAUUUUCUAAUUAGAACCACUAAUAAAAUUCCCAUAAUCAUGUGUAUUUAUAUUGUUAAUUUUAUAGAUUGAUAAUUGUAAUGAAUUAUUGAAAAAUGAACUCCAUAACAAGAUAUAAGAAAUUGAUGUAUGUAAUCAUAACAUAAAUAUAGAAUUUGAAAAAGAAAAUUAUUAUUUCGUUAGAAACAAUAGAGAAAUAAGAAGUUAUCAUUUAGGAAUGGUAAUAGAAAUACUAAGAAUAAGAAAAAUUGCAUAAUCGAGAAAUCGCAUAAUUAAAAAGUAAUCUAGAUAAUUCAAUCUUUGAUGACCCUUAAAUUGAUAUUAUAGAAUAACCUAAUGAUAAUAGUCAUCAUAAAGUAAUGGAUGACUUAUAAAUUAUUUAAGAAGAAAGUGAAUGUCCUUAGAUCAAAAGUCUAAAUUAGUCUGUUGCAUAAAAUUUUAAAUUUUAUGAAAUUAUUAAUGCUCUCAAUAAGUUCAUUUUAGAUGAAUCACCAGUAGGAGAAUAAUUAGAAAUUAGUGAAUCCUACAUUGUAUAGAGAAUCAACAAAUUAAUAGAUUGUAUUCAUAAAUUAGAGACAGAACUUGAUGAUUGGAAAUGUAAUUAUUGGAAUCUUGAAAAGAAACUCAACUCCCAAUUAAAAGAUAACUUUAUAUAACAAGGAUCUCACGAAAUUGAAAUAGAAUUUGAUUUCGAUAAAAAUUAAUUGGUGAAUGCCAUUUAGUCAAACAGUAAAAGAUCACUGUAAGCUGAAAACUCUGCCUUGUAAUAAGAAAUAAAACGAUUGCAAGAGUUAAACAAUUAAUUAUUGAAUUAGUAGAAGAGUCAAACUAAGCAAGUGUUGGAAUCUCUAAUAAACAAGCAGAAGAAAACUAAUAGAAAGAAGAAUUUAACUCACAUUCCAGAGCCUUCAAAUAAAUAUUUCACUUAGGUUUCAACUCAUCAUACAAAUAGUCAUAACAACACUCAAAAGAAGAGUCAUCCUACUUAAUAGGGAUCUCCAAAUUAUUAAAGAAAUAAUCAAUAAAUUAAUUAAUAUUUCAGUCAUUAUUUUUAAUAACAAAGAGGACAACCUACACAACAUUACUCUCCAAUAAUUUUGACUAAAUUUUAAUAGAUUGCUACGAAAUAACAAAUUGGAAUUAGUUAUCUUAAAGAUAUGUCAACAGAUCAUUACUAUAAUGUGAACGUUCAUCAGACUCCAAUUGUAGUUAAAUAAUCUAGUUUGAGUCCUUACCAAAAAUCAGGAAGCAAAUUUAUUUAAUUUUGA